AUUUCCAGCAUUUUAAUUAGUUAAAUGCGUUCAAAAUGAGCUUUCUUUCUGGCAUAGGCCCCAAGACAAGCCAAAAUUCCAAUGCCACUAAUAAAAAGUCCAAGAAUUAAAGCCAAGGUAUCUCCAGAGUCAAACAUCUUGGAUUCAGAAGCCUAAUGAGUGUUGUUAUGUUUUACUAUAGUUCAGUAAAUGUGAUAAAACGGCUUGUUGAUUUUUAACUUAACCUCAAAACAUUUGACGUUUAAUGACAAGACAGGUUUGCUUUGCUACGUUUUUCUUAGGGGGCGCUUUCUCAUUCUUAAAUUAUUUUUGAUUUUUGUAGAAAACUAGUUUUUGUAGAAAUAGAGAGAACGAAGCUUUAUUAAAUAAUUGUUGGAAUUUUUAUAUUAGCCUCUUUCGACUUUUUUUUUUACAUGUAACCUUUUUGUGAAUUUGAGGUUAUAUCACACCCCGUUCAGCUUGAUGCCAUGUGCUAUUGUUGCUAAACGUAAUCAACAAAUGUUAGAAGUGUUGUAAUUGAUAAAGGGUUUUAUAAUUAUAUCUUACCAUAAUGGAAGAAGCUUUUAACAGAGUUGUUCAACACAUUUUUAACAAUUGGACUGCCCUUAAAUUGGCUGUGGAAUACUCUGAAUCUGGGUGUAAUCCUAAAGAGGUGGUGAACGACUUUAUUAAUUAUACAACACAGUACUGCUUGUAUGAGUCCAAUGUAGAGCCAGAUGGAAUACAAGAGGCUUUAGAUGACAUUUUAGAUCAAGAAUUUGAUACAAUUUGUGAAGAUGGGUCAACAAAAGAAAUUGCAUUGCUUCUGUACCGAUUCGUGGAUUUACUUAAACAAGGAAAUACACAAAUGUUUGAGGAAGAAUAUCAGAAAUUACCUAUUGGUGCUAUGAGUUCUAGUAAGAGUAUAAAAUCACAAAAUGAAGAUAUGAGUGAAGUUUGUGAGGCAAAUACAAGUGAGCCCAAUAUUGAAAAGACUUCAGAAAUACCAAUGGAGGAAGAUUCAGAAUGGACAGAAGUAAAAUCAAGGAGGAGACGUUAAAAGUUAUUUAUUGAAUAUUACAGAAUUGUUUAUGGAAACAAAAAUUUAUACAAAAAAGGUAAUUAAGUUAUUUAAAUAAACAUUUUAAUAA